GCUCGCCGCCCCCUCCCAGCCUCCAGAGCUGUCCGUGUUUCCGUGGAGGAUGACCGGGAUCUCCUGCCCGCUCCCCCAGUAACGAGCUGGGACCGAGCAGAUGUUCGUCAGCAAAAUGACUCUGAAUCAGUCCGGUCUGUUUGGACAGGUGGAGGAUCUGCAGGAUUCCGCUUUCAUCGAGAGACCCAUCCGCAGGAGCCUCAAGACGGCGGAGGAGAUCGACCAGCUGACCGUCGACGAGGAUCUGAACGACAUCGAGAGAGCUGUCUACCUGCUCAGUUUGGGACAGGAAGUGCAGAGAGCCAGCGUCAUCAGCAACCUGCCGAGCCUCGUCCGCCAGAACCCGGCCGAGACGUUCCGCCGGGUCGUGCCCAAGGUCCGGGAAGUGCUUCACCUGGCCGGGGCGGAGAUCCAGCUGGCAGCCGCCGCCUCCUUCCUCACCAUCCUGCAGGACGACAUCGUCCUCAUCCACACACACACCUUCUCCAUCCUGAAGACCGUCCUGCUCAACCUCAACCACAGAGACGCAGUGGUGAGCAACGCCUGGCUGGAGACGCUGCUGUCCGCCAUCAACGCCUUGCCCAAGGAGACCAUCAAACAGGAAGUCCUGAACCCUCUGGUCUAUAAGUCCCAGCUGUCUCAGUCGGUUCAGGCUCGUCUGGCCAGCUGCCGCAUUCUGGGAAAAGUCGCCUGCAAGUUUGAUUCCCACAUAGUGAAGAAGGAGCUGCUGCCUCUGGCGAGGUCGUUGUGUCAGGAUGUGGAGUACGAGGUGCGUUCCUGUAUGUGUCGCCAGCUGGAGAACGUCGCCAGGGGACUUGGCACCGAGGACACCAAGGCCGAGGUUCUCCCCGAGCUGGUGGAGCUCGCCGCCGAUGAGGAGAGCAGCGUCCGCCUGGCCGCCUUCGACACCAUCAUCAACCUGAUAGAGAUCAUCGACAGCGAUGACAGAGCUCAUGUCCUGAUUCCUCUGGUCAUGUUGGUGUGUGAACCCUCCUCCUCCUCCUCUGAUGAAGUCUUGGUGGCGUCUCUGUCCUUCCAGUUUGGGAAACUCUGCAACGGACUGGCAGCGUCUCUGUCAGACGAGCAGCGAGGGCGGCUGCUGCAGAGGUUCAAGGCGCUCUGCGUCAUCGGCCUGCAGCCCGACAGCGGCCACACAGAAGGCGGCGAGUACACGCUGAUCCGCUGCAACUGCUGCUUCAACCUGCCGGCCAUGGUUGUUUUUGCUGACUCCGCCCACUUCCUGUCAGAGCUGUAUCCAUCCCUCUCCAGUCUAUGUCGCGAUCCUGAAGUCAGCGUCCGCCGCAGUGCCGCUGCCAGCUUCCACCAGGUGGUGAAGUUGCUGGGCUCUAACGCUCACCUGGUCCUCAAGGAGCUGCUGGUUCUCCUGCAGGACGACUCUCUGGAGGUGUUAGAUGCCCUGAUGAACCACCUGCAGGAAACCCUGGAGACCGUCACGUCCCGAGGUGACGGCCCGCCGCCCGACAACAAGAUGUUUCCGGAGUUGCUGGCUGCCCUGCUGUUUGCUGAGCAGAAGGUGGGCUCUUCUCUGCGCUGGAGGCUGCAUGAGAAGCUGCUGCAGCGCUACAGCUGCCUGGCCCGCCUGCUUCCCGGAGACCUGCUGCACCAGACCUUCUCCCAGCGCAUCUUCAUCAUCCUCACCACCAACAAGGUUCUGCCGGUGCAGAAGGAGGCGGCUCGGACGCUCUGCACAUUCCUGCGCUACAACCGCAAACAGGAACAACGGCAGGAGACGAUGGACCGGCUGAUCCAAGAUCUGGCUCAGGGUCGCAGCUACUGGAACCGCCUCCGCUUCCUGGAUGUCUGUGAAAUGGCCAGUGAGCUUUUCUCCAGGAAAUACUUCAACAAACACUUCCUGCUCCCAGCGCUGGAGCUCGUCCAUGACCCCGUCGCCAACGUCAGGUAUAAGUUGUGCCAGUUGUUGCCGCGGCUGCGUUCCUCCAUCCGACUCCCUGCUGAUAAACAGCUCCUGCAGCAGCUGGACUUCUGCGUUCAGAAACUCCUCUGCAAGGAAAAAGACAAGGAUGUUGUUGCUACCAUCCGCAAGACAGUGCUGGAACUGGACAAACUGGACAUCACAGAGCCUUACCACAAACGACAGGAGAGGGAUUUGCUGGACCAGAAGAAGGAGAAGGAAGAGACACUACUGCUGGAGAUGGAGCAGCUAGAGCGCCAACAGAGCGAAUCAAAAGUGAGCUCUGAGAAACUCACCGAGAGAAAACGAAGGGACAGUAAGAGCAGUCUCUCUGGAGCCAAAUCAAUGUCUGGGUCCUCGUCUGGAGCUGCCCUGUCCUCCUCUUCCUCCUCCUCUUCCUCCUCCUCCUCUGGUAAGGAGCUGAGGAAGGCUAAGCUGUCGCGGAGUCGCUCUCUCAGCAGUCAGCCGACCACGUCCAAAUCUGCCAACUCAGACAGGCCUCUGAAGGUAAAAGAGUCGAGCGGCGCCAGUGGACCAGGGAAGGCUUCCAUGUUGUCUAGCAACGACGACUCCUUGCGGACGGCCCACUUCACCAUGGCAACUUUGUCCUCAACCCCCUCCACAUCCUCCAUGCCAGUCCUGAUCCGAAGCAACACCACCAGCCUCCUUGACAGAACCAGUGGCACUCUGGACCACCGGACCACCACCACUCUGGACAGGACUGGCACCCUGAACCACCGGACCAGUACCCUGGAGCACCGGACCGGAACCCUGGAGCACCGGACCGGAACCCUGGAGCACCGGUCCGGUACCCUGGAGCACCGGACCGGUACCCUGGAGCACCGGACUGGUACCCUGGAGCAGCGCAGUAAAACAAUAGACCACCGCAGCAGUGGGAUGAAGGACAGCCAGUCCAGAAAGCUCUCCAUAAACAGGAAGUCCAACUCUUUCAGCGCACAGUCAGGGAGAGAGUGAUGUCAUCAUACGUCCGCCAGGCCAUCAGCCAAUCAGAAGUCAGGGUUUGGGUUUCUGCAGCCCAAUGUGGUUUCCAUCCAUUUAAUCAGCAACUCUGCCUCACCAGUGAAAGGAGCAUCAACAAAGUGACUGGCACGGCGUGAACUCCCACAAUGCCGCAGGACAGGCCAUCCAUCUCUGCCUUACAGACAGCGACCAUUACAAAGACAUUUCACUCUGUAGUUUAUUUGUAUUUAAUGGCUUAUUUUAUUUACUGUAUGAUAACAUGCUUUGCACAAGUAUUUGUUUUACAUUUUCAGAACCUGUCUAACAGAAGUACUGUGUAUUUUUAUGAUGAUUACAGUCCAUCACCUGAUUGGUUCAGUAAAUUCUCUGUCCCGCC